CAUCGCAGGGAGCGAAAAGGGAAGCAGCGGACAACAUUCAAAGCAAAGGGCUCUCCGCUGCUGGAGCAUCUCCACACGUCCCGUCCCGUCAGCCAGCCUGCCUGCCCGCCCGGCGGAGAAGUUGUCUGACUUGGGCGCUCGGAGUGGCGCCGGGGAUGAAUGGCGUGCGGGUAGCCAUGCUGGGCAGCGAAGGGACGGGCAAAUCCGCCCUUACGGUGCGCUUUCUGACGAAGCGUUUCAUAGGAGAAUAUGCCUCCGAUUCUGAAUGCAUUUAUACAAAACAUUUGUGUCUGGAUGGAAAGCAAAUUAACUUGGAAAUAUAUGAUCCUUGUUCCCAACCUCGGCCAGGGAAUUUGUUACUUGCACAUGAACUCCAAUGGGCAGAUGGAUUUGUUGUGGUCUAUGACAUCAGUGAUAGAACUUCAUUUGUGUUCGCAAAAGCGUUGCUGUACAGGAUCCGUGAGUGUCAUGGAGGAGCUUGCAAAAGUCCCAAGGGGAAGGAGAAAAGACGGCCCAGUGGCUCAAAAUCCAUGGCCAAACUGAUCAAUAACAUGUUCGGGAAGAGGAGGAAAUCUGUUUAGUGACAGGCCCACAGGAAACGGGCAGGGAGCCAAGACACCGUCUCGCACACAUAUGCGCACACAUGCCCAAAGGAUCUAGUUCACGUGAAGAUCUUAGCAUGUCACCCAAGGAAGCCACAGAAAUAUUUGGUGUAUUCCCACCCAGCAUGGCAAAAAUCAUCGCUUAAAUCUAGCCUUUUGAUAACGCUUCUGGGAAUUUAGUUUUUCGUGGAAGCAGAUUGAUUUUUGAGCAUACUAAUAUAUGGUUGUUAAGGAGUGAACUGUGAGUUAAUCAUUAAUAAUCUUAAGUGGAUCCAGGCAGGCAAUAUGAAUAAGGCUUGGAAAACAAUGUGGUGUGGUGCCUAGAUCAAUGUUUCCCAUGCUUAGCCAUUUGUAAGAUGUGUGUAUUGCAAUGCUGGCUGGGCUAUUCUGGGAGUUGAAGUCCAAAUAUCUUUAAAAUGGUUAAGCAUGGGAAACAUUAUGGUAUUGAUUUCAGCUAUAACAAAAUUCUUUGGGUCUGUGUGAGAGAGAGGCAGUCCACAAUUUACAUUGGGAAAUGAUUACCCAAAACAUCACCAAGGUCUUUGAUGAAGCAGGAGGGAAGGAAAGUCUUGAACUUUUAGCAUCUUUUCCAGAAGUGACAUUAAACUCAUAUCAAUUUAACUUGUGCUUUCCUAGCUACAGUUCCUUUCCUUAGCUUGGAACAGACUUAGGAGAAGAUUAAAAUCUGACUGAAAUCUUAUCAGCUAAUUCCUUUUUCCAGCUUUUGGCUGCAAUCAACUAUGUGUCAGUGUUCCCUUCUAAUAUAUUUUAGCGCCCUUUUAACUACUUAAGUGCAGAAUCAGGGGCUUCUUGUUAAGUCUGCCCUUACAUUAAAUAUUGCAAAACCAGUGAGAAGCUGAUGGCUUUUUUUUUAAGGUAAACUGGAGGGUGGGUGGGUGAACAGGAUGUAGCAUAUUGCUACAUAAGUUUGUGGAAAAUUUGAUCUCCACCUCUUGUUGUUUUUUCCUGCUUGUGGGUAACACGAAGAGUAGGAUGCAAAAUGCAUUUGGAAAUGGGAACGCUUUUUCCACUCUCCCAAAUAUGCAACUCUCAACAGCUGCCCAGAAGAAUCCCUUGAUAGUGAGAUGGGCAGCUUAUUAAUUUAAUCAAUAAAUAAUAAAAAUAAAAACUCUGCUCUCUGUGAUGACAGCAUUCCAAAUUAUGUCGCUUGAGAAAGUGGGGGUGCAGCUUCAGCACAAACCGGCCAAGUA